AUGGUCUCCGCGCUUGUUACGGAUCGCUCUGUGAAGGUCACGCGGCACCAAAGCGCGCUAAUGCGGCUGCGGUAUGGCGCACAUUCGCUGUUAUACCUGUGGGUGCGCUUCUGGAUCUUUGCCACGGGACUGGAGCAGCACGAGAGACUUGUGCGGCGCAUUGUACGACAACUCAAACAUCGCGUGUACCUUACAUCUGGCGAGAAACUUGCUUUCGUUCACCGUUUAGCUAUGAAUCUUGUAGAAUUGUGGCUUAAAUCGUUGCGAGUACUGCUGGUCCCCGACGUCUUUGCUCGCUACUUGUGUGCGACCUUCAUGCUCCACAUCAUCUACGAGCUCCAGUCUAUCUUUCGUCGGGCAUUAGGCAAUACAUUUUUACGACUUACAGUCAAGGGCCGACGUACACUACGAUUGCGACAACAGCUGGAAAACGUCAAAACUUUUCAAGAGAGACAGACAAUUGCUGGAGAAUUGGACAAACUAGAGGGAAUGGACAAGUGGCGGGAAAAUCCGGCGUCGGGACUCUUUCUGUACGAGCGAAUGAUGAACAAGACAGAAAUGUACAAGAGAUUGAAGCUGGAAAACGAUGUCAUUGGACUUAUGUUCUCACUACGAGCUGGACUGCUGAGGAAGCACUGGGGAUUAGGAAACCCAAAACUUUACUCAAUUAGCAAUGUGGGAACAAAACACGUCAUUGAAGACUAUCUCGACACGAUUGUCCAGUCGAUGGAUGUUGUGCUACGCUCGAGCGGGACAAACGAAGAGAAUAGUGACGAGCUAUCGAUUGAUAAUAAGUUGGCGUUCUUUAGCGAAACUCGUCAUGCUUAUGGUCGAUCUGCUUUGAUGUUGUCUGGUGGUGGAGCGCAUGGAUUUUAUCAUACCGGGGUAAUUAAAGCACUAGUGGAAAAUAAUUUACUUCCAAAUGUCAUUGCUGGUUCGUCAGCUGGAUCAAUUAUUGCAGGAAGCAUAGCAGUUCGUACUGAUGACGAGGUGCUAGAGUUUUUGAAUGGAGACAAUAUUGACUUUUGCUUUCUAGGACAUAAUAUCACGGAGCAAGACCAAAUUGAAUACAUGCCAUCGUUCUUGUCCUCUGGGCAAAAAAUGCUAUCACAGGGAAGCUUUGAGGUCUUACGAAAUGCUUUUAUUUUACUCAAUCGGUUCUUGAAGAAACGCUAUGUCUUUGAUACAAAGACUCUACGUGACUGCUUGCGUAGUGUCAUGGGUGACUACACUUUUCGAGAGGCUUACGACAGAACUGGUCGAAUUGUAAACGUCACAGUCACACCACUGAGUGCUGACGACUAUCCUCAAUUACUCAAUUACCUCACGGCCCCAAAUGUGAUUAUAUGGUCGGCUUCUCUGGCAUCAUGUGCAAUUCCAAACAUUUUUCGUCCUGUCGAGUUGCUGGCAAAAGACGCGAAUGGAAAUAUUGUUCCAUACUAUCGUGAGGGCCUUAAAUGGAGCGACGGAAGCAUCGAAUGCGACUUGCCCAUGGAACGCUUAUCGGAACUAUUUAACGUUAAUCACUUUAUCGUAAGCCAAGUCAACAUUCAUUACAAGAUUGUAUCUGGGCACACGGCAUUUGGAAAUGGGCAAACUAGUGGUCUUAUGAACUUCUUUAAGAAACAGAUGAAAGCUUACAUCAAAAACAUCGCCGAGUUCGGCUUGAACACGUCUGUGCUUAAAUUUCUUGAUAUUGGACUCGUCCCUUUGAUCACUCAAAAAUACGAAGGAGAUAUUACAAUCUGUCCCACAGAUAAAAUUUGUGCCACGACGUUAUUAAGAACAGUGCUUGCUAAUCCUACACCCGACACGUAUCCGGAAAUUUUGCUGGCAGGCCAACGGGCUUAG